AUGGCGGCGUCCAAUAUCCUCAUUUACCUGCUCCGGCACGAUCUUCGCAUUGCGGAUAAUCCUAUUCUUCACCAUCUCGUAACCGCGUCUGACCACGGAUUCACACAUGUUCUCCCUGUCUACGUAUUCCCAGCACACCAGAUCGAGAUUUCCGGCCUCUUACGCGAAGGAAGCAAGUCCCCUUACCCAGAAGCUCGCAGCGAGAUUGGCAAGUUCUGGCGGUGUGGACCUCAUCGAACAAAGUUCAUUGCUCAGUCUGUUUGGAAUGUCAAGGAAUCCCUCGAAGGCGUAGGAAGUGGCCUGGCUUUACGCGCAGGCAGGUUCGGUGAUGUCGUUGGCGACCUUCUUCAAGGAUUCGCAGACAAACGCCAAAAGGUUGGAGCGGUCUGGAUGGUCGAGGAAGAAGCUAUUGAAGAGAAGAAGGAUGAGAAGGCAGUGGCCAAAGCCUGCGAGAAGCACGGUGUUGAAUUCAAAACCUGGCUGGACGAGAAAUACUUUAUUGACGACCGCGACCUCGGCUUCAAAACCCCCAGCGACCUCGCAGACGUUUUCACAGCCUUCAGAAAGACCCAAGAGCCGCUCCGCGAGAAACCGAGACCCACGCUGGCUCGCCCUGCAAAGGGUUCCCUUCCACCUUUUCCUGAGCACUCCGCUAUCCCUCCCCAGCAAGCACCGUUCCAGAUCCCAUCCACCUACGAUGCCCUGGAGUCUGGUCUUCUUACGCCCUUGAAGUGUCCCUUCGAUCAAGAGCCAAAGUUUCCAGAGAAGGCGACUUCAGUUCAUCCGUUCAGCGGUGGCGAGGAUGUCGGAAUUGAGCGUUUGGAUCACCUUGUCAAGUCAGGCGCCAUGUCUAGCUACAAGGACACUCGUAACGGCCUGCUCGGAGUCGACUUCAGCACCAAACUUUCAGCUUACCUAUCACUGGGAUGCUUGACGGGACGCCAGAUCCAUGAGGCUCUGGUCAAGUUUGAAGACGGACAGGAUGCCAAGUUCAAAGAUACGCCAGGUUACGGGAAGGGGGAAAAUGACGGAACCAAGGCUGUGCGAUUCGAACUUCUAUGGCGUGACUACAUGCGUCUUUGCACGAAGAAGUUUAGAGGACAGCUUUUCCGCGUCACUGGCUUCAAGGCCGACAAGACACCUAAGUGGAAGUCUGCGGACCCUAAGCACGUGGUUUCGGACGACAACCUCGGUGCUUCGCCGGACGAGAUCCAAAAGACCCUGAACAGGUUCCUUGAGGGAAACACCGGCAUGGGGUUGAUUGAUGCUUCGCAACGCGAGCUGUACCACACUGGCUACACAUCCAACAGAGCUCGUCAAAACGUGGCUUCCUUCUUAACCAAGCAUCUCGGUAUCGACUGGCGGUACGGAGCCGAAUGGUACGAGUAUCUUCUUGUCGACUACGACGUCAGCUCGAACUGGUCCAACUGGCAGUAUGUUGCUGGCGUCGGCAAUGACCCUCGUGGUGACAACAGGAUCUUCAAUCCUGUUAAGCAAGCUUUCGACUAUGACAAAGACGGAGAGUACGUCAAGGCUUGGGUUGUUGAAACUCGAAAGGUUGGAAAGCUGGAGAAUGUGUUCCAACUCUGGACUACACCGGCAGAUGAGCUCGAACGUCUCGGUUUGAAUAAGAAUGUCAUGGUUACAGACCCCAUUAAGAAGAUUGAUUUCUCGGUGGAAGGGAAACCAAAGACUGGCAGGAGGCAGUAUAACAAUCGCCGAAGGGGUCGAGGCAAUUCCCAUCAGAGUAACGGGUCUAACGGUGGGCCAUCACGAGGACCUCCACCAGGAUCAGGAAGCUCUAACGGAGGCUACGGUCACUCGAAUGGUGCUUCAGACCAAGGUUCGACAAGCCACUCUUCAUCUAGGUCGCCACCCAAUGGCCCCCAGGGAUACCGUACCAACAGAGGAAAUGGCGGGUUCCGUGGCGAUUCCCGCGGUGGUUAUCGUGGCGGACGGGGUGGCCGAGGUGGAGGUGACGGCAGCAGCGGCGGAAGUGGAGGAGGUUACCGAGGGGGUCGUGGAUCGUUUGGAGGUGGCAGGGGAGGAGGUUUCAACACCUACCACAUUGCCAACAUGUACCCCUUGGCAAACAAUCAGCCGCGGCCACAGUGGACAACAGCGGCGUCUUUACAACAGUCGUAG